GACAAUAGUGAAAGCGAUAGUUUCAAUAAAGAAGAUAUAAUUUCAAAAUUUGCAGCAGUUUCGAGGAUGACCAAGAAGGAAAUGAGUUUUUCAGAUCCAACCAUUGUACACAAAAAUCGGUUGGCUCUUUCACUGCUAUUAGUCACUUACUAUUGCUACUUGGGAGAUUUGACUGUAUCUGCUCAACAGUUCAGACCUGGAUUUGUAUACACCAGAAACAGAGGGAGAUGCACUCCUCAGUAUUGGAGCAGCAGGAGAGAGUCAUGGCCGAAGAUGGUGCCGCAAAUGUCAACAGUAUCAAAAGUAUUCGGAUCGAGGGCAUACGAGCGAUACAGGUACGAUCUUACACUCCUAGAAGCUGCGGGAAGAAACGAUGAUAGAGACAAUAUAUUUGCAAGAUUAGUGAAGCAAUCGACUGCAGCAUUGUUGAAUUCAUAUGCUAGAAAGAACUAUCCAUAUAGCGCUUGGGAAGUAAAGACUAUGCUCAUUCAAGCUUUGGUUUCUGAAAAGUCUGCUACUGUUUUGGCUCAACGGUUAUCUGAAGCUAAUGAAGCCUGCAAUUAAUGGAGUAGCUUCUGUUUGAUUGUUUUUAAGUGACUGUUAAUGUGGUUAAUCUUUUGUUAGCUUUUGCUUUUGGUGUGAGUUGUGUGGCUUUCACUGUUCAUACUAAAUGUUAUUACUGCGUACCAAUUAUAGACCUAAUUAAAGGAGAUAGGAAACGCUUUGUUGGGGGCACAGCAGUAUACUUAAUACCGUGUAAAAAUGGUUCAUCUUCA